CUGCUCUGAGCCUUUGAUCUUCACUCUGGAGCUUUUCUACCGGGGUCCGGUUCAGAGGAGUCCGGAGACCAGAGCUCUUCUCCCGGCUCUCUCCUCUUCUGACCUUUGACCCCUUCAUGACCUUCCGAUGUCCCUAAAGCGAUGACCCGCCGUCACCAUCGUCGCCAUGGUCACCCAUCGCCAAGGUGACCCACCCGUCUCCCAGAAAACCUCCCUCCUCCUCACCUUUUGCUGCCGUCCAAUCGGCCGCGGGGAUGCACGUGAUGGGCAGCGUCUCACCGGCCAAUGAGAGGGAGGGAUUCUUCCUCCAGGUGGGAGGCGUGGCCUUCACCGAGCAGACGUCAGGAUUUAAUGAUAUCGAAGGUGACAGGACGAAACUUUGUCAACCUCCACCACCUCCACCACCUCCUCCUCCACCUCCUCCACCUCCACCACCUCCUCCUCCUCUGCUGGGAGACCCUGGAGAAGGCCUGAAGAAGAAGAGGAGGGUGAGGAGUUUCUUUUGGAAAACGAUACCAGAGGAUCAGGUGAAGGGGCGGGCCAACAUGUGGACUCUGGGUCGGGUGCAGCAGCAGUACCAGAUAGACGUCCGGACCAUCGAGGAGCUGUUUGGUCAAUCAAACGCCAAGGCCACGCCCACAAGAGGAGGCACGACCAGGAGCUCCUUCAGGGAGGCCAAAGAGGAGGUUUCCAUUCUGGACUCUAAACGAGGGAUGAACAUCGGGAUUUUCCUCAAACAGUUCAAGAGGUCCAAUCAGACGAUAGUAGAUGAUAUUCGGCAUGGCAACAGCGAGGCGUACGGGGCGGAGCCUCUGAGAGAGCUGCUGAAGAUGCUGCCGGAGAAGGAGGAGGUGAAGAAGCUGAAGUCGUACCACGGCGACGUCUCUAAGCUCUCAUUGGCCGAUUCCUUCGUCUACCUGCUGAUCCAGCUCCCCAGUUACUCGGUCCGUAUCGAGUCGAUGCUGCUGAAAGAGGAGUUUCCUGGAGCGUGUGAGGUCAUAAAACGAGACAUCAACAUCCUCCGAACCGCCACCAAAGAGCUGAUGUGUUGUGAGGAGCUUCAUGCUGUUCUCCACCUGGUGCUGCAGGCCGGAAACAUCCUCAACGCCGGAGGUUAUGCAGGAAACGCGGCGGGUUUCAAGCUGUCGUCCCUUCUGUCUCUGGCCGACACCAAGGCCAACAAACCGGGAAUGAACCUGCUGCACUUUGUCGCUCUGGAAGCCCAGAAAAAAGACACCAAGCUGUUGGAGUUUCCUCAGAAGUUGAAUCACGUCCAGCCGGCCUCCAGGAUCUCCUUGGAAACGCUGGAUGCUGAGCUUCAGUGGCAGACGUCUCGAACGGGCUCAAUAGAGGAAAACAUCCGGAGAGACUCGGAGCUGCUGCAGCAACUCGACAACUUCCUGCAGUCGGCGACCUCGUCUCUCUGCUCGCUGCGUGUCGGCCGUCAGCAGCUGAAGAACGAAGGCAGCGAACUGAUCGACUUCUUCUGUGAAGACAGAGAGACGUUCAGACUGGACGACUGCUUCAGCAUCUUCAACACCUUCUGCUGCAGGUUCACCGCCGCCGCCAAGGAGAACACGGAGCGGGAGGCGAAGGAGGCGGCCCGUUGCCGUCGGUUACAGCAGCUGGAGGAGCAGAAGCGUCACUCGUGGGCCGGCAGUGAGGAGGUCGACGGAGCGUUCAGGUUGCGCUGCCGCAGUGAGACAGACAUGUCAGUCGCCGUGACGAUGAACGACGACGCCCGUCUGCUGAUGGAGCUCCUCUCUCCGAAGUUCGGCCAGCGUUCGCUCUUCAACAACUCCCACAAUCCACCAGGAGGGAGACGUUCAGGGAGUUUGCGGCGCUCCAGGAAGUCGCCGUCCAGCUCGCUGUUUGUCACCGGCGACCGUGAACUCAGUGCGCUCCUGGGGUCGACGACCUCUGAGCCCAAAGAGGCGAGGACGACUUUUCUAUCGGACUCUACGGAAGUUAGGAGUCCGGGAGUUUCCGCUAGGACUCGACCGCAGUUGGCGCCGCGAUCCCCGUCCUCAAACCAAACAACCGCCACUUACCUCAGCAACGACACGGAUACGGUCCAAACUACCUCUGAUUCCAACCAGCUGUCCGACCACAACAACAACAACGGAAAAGAUCGACUCGCCGUUGAGGCGCUUUCGGACCCUCGAUCUGGUUCGAAGUCCGAUCUCGCCAAUAUGAACAAAGCUGAUCAGGAUUUUCGUGGACGGGACGCAGGAAACAUGUUGGUGGUUGCGGAGAAAUGCAUUUUGGUGCCGGAGCUGAAGGUUUUCGAUGUCGACGGUAGCAACAGAGACAUGACGGCGCUGGAUAACGCUCAGAUUGGGAACGCAGAAGAAAAAGAGGAAGAGGAGGAAAGAGGAGAGGAAGAGGUGGUGGUUUGGUGCGUGACGGGUGUUUGCGAGGCCGCCGGCGAGCUCGCAAACUCCGCCGAUGAUGCCUGCACGAAAACCGAGCAGGAUGUCGAUCAAGAAAGGAGCCGGCGAGCUUCCUCUGCUUCGGCCAAUCGCCAAACGCCUUCAGAACCUCAACCGGCCAAUGAGAAGCCAGUGCCUGAACCAAUCAGCAGCCAACCGGUGCCUGUCCCCCGCCGGGACGAUCCGUCGCAUCCCAACUCUUCUCCGAUGUGGCGGCCGACGGCAGCCAAAGGGGCGCCUGCUGUCGGUGCUGGGGUUGGUAAAGAAAGAGCCAAUCAGAGGGCAAAAGGAGAGGGCUCGACCAAUGAGAAGAGAGGUGUGGAGAUCGUCCCAAAAGGAGAGAAGAGUGGAAACAAAACUGCUUCCUGUCGAACAGACGGAGAUUCUUCCACUAAAGGAAAGGCAGAAUCGGCAAGUUCGUCUAAGUCGUCCACCAAGAACCUCCCUACCUCUAAAAGCAGACCCGCCAGGACGAAACCCGCCGCAUCCGCCGCCGCAUCCGCCGCCAACAAGACCAAAGCGAUCCGCACGCUCACAAACAGCGAGAACCAGAGCAUGAGGCGCAUCGUUCCGAUCUCCAGGACCAUCCGAGGCGCUCCAACUCCCGGCAAACAUCCCGACAAGCCUCCCGGCCGCCAGCGAGGCUCCUCCGUUGCCGUGGCGACAACCUCCAACCUCGACACCACCUCCUUUCGACGAGGAGAUGGACCAGCGACCGCGCCGUCAUCCCGCCGCUCCAGCGUCCACAAAACGCCUGACCCAAAGGUUUCGGAUACUCGAAAGCCGAACCAGGAAGUUCAAAGGAGGCCGUCGGUCCGAAAGCCCGUAGCGGUAAAACCCAAACCGCCGCCGGAGGAGAAGAUGUGUCGCUCCACGCUGAGGUCGCUUUCACAAGGAGGUGGAGAAGGAGGCAGCAUCAGUGCUCCUGUUACUCCUUUGCACCGAGCCGGAACUCCUUCGUCAUCGCCGCUUCCUAGUUUCGCCCGAAGCACCGCCUCCUCUUCUUUCAGACGGGGCCAAACCCCGCUAACUCCUCCUCCUCCUCAUUCACCCCACACUGGCUCAGUCUCCUCCCUUAAAUCCUCCGUCCACACCACCACCACCACCUCCUCCUCCUACGUCGCUCCAUCCGGCUCCACCUCGCCUUUCACCAGAACCGGCUCGCUGAGAGUCUCCGACCCCCUCAAACCCUCCUCCACCUCCUCCUCCUCCUCCACCUCCUCCGCCCUGAGGAGGUCUCAGAGCAUCAGGGCUCCUCCUCGCUCGCCGCUCAACGACCCUCUGGCUCCCCCUAAAGGCCACCGGCGGAACGACAGCGGCACCUUCUCCGACAAGUCCGCCCACUCCAGAGACUCGGGCAAGUCCUCCAGGCCGAGCUGGAGAUAACAGGAGGAGUCUGAGGCUGCAUUCCAACACCAAGGCUAAGUGGCUCCUACUCUUUCCUCCUUUACUGGAGGUAAAGGAUACAUUCCAAUAUGAAGAAUAGACUCAUAUUUAUGCAGGAAGGAAGGAAAAGCAAAAAUCUCAAGGUCUGCUGGAGGUUAAGGUCCAAUAUAAAGCACAGAGACUAAGGUUGAGAGUCUUGGUACCAACAUUAAUUUGUCUCCUCUCAUGCUGGUGGUAAAAGGACGCAUUCCAUUCUAAAGCACUACAUUAUGUCCACUUUAAAGGGAAAGUGUCAAUCAAAUAAUCAAUAUAAGUUUAAGUGUUUGCUAUAUUUAGAUUAUUUUCACCACUUUACCAUCUGACGGGGAACUUAAUCUGUUAUCUUUGCUCUUUUCAAACCCACCAGACUCCAUUAACGAAAACAGCAAUUUAACCUCUCAGACCACAGGAGUUGCUGGUUCUACCGCUGCAUGGAUCGCUUACUUUGUUGGUGUUAUUGUGUGACUUUGGUGUUUAAAAAGGGUUAGUUAAGAUUCACCAAAGUCACACAACAACACAGGUAGUUGAGUAGUAACUAAAAGAUCCGAGGCAGCGGUAGAACAGAACUCCUGUGUUCUGAGAGGUUAGAUGACUGUUUUUGUCAAUGGAGUCUGGUGGGAGAGAGCUCAUAGAUAACAGCUUCAGAUCCGCUUUGCAGAACAUCAAAGUAAAGCUGUGAAAAUAUUGUAAAUAUGGAGAAUCAACUCUACAAAACACACUUCAAACAUCUCAACUAUCCCUUUAAAGGAUGAGGGAUGUUUUAGCAUCGACACAAAAAACAGACUCCAACGUUUUAGUGCUGAAACAAUAACUCGAAUAAACAAAUUUGUCGUUCUGGAGGCAAAAUUAACAUAAAUUCUUACUUUUAUAGCCGCAAAGCUUCAUUGUCGUGGCUCCAUUUGUUAAAAUUCACCAAGAACAGAAAAGAAAAGCUUCUGACUGAAAUAAUGUGUUUAACUCCACCAAGAUGUCAGCUUCAUUACUAUUUAUACAUUAUUUAACUUUUAAAAGUUCACCAAGCCUCCUGUUAUUAGAAUAAAUGCAUUGACUCCCAAAUAACGCUGCAUGAAUUUUGUUUAUCAAGACAAAUAUUUUGCAUUAACAAAAAAAUGAAGCAUCAAAAAAGAUGAAGGAAAGAAAUAAAUGUGUAACAAGAUUGUUAUUAAAAAACAAUAAUGAUUGACUGAAUCUCCUCCUGAUUUAAUUUUCUAUUUAAUUUUAUGUCUUAAAUUUUGAUUUUGCACCUUUAACUUUAGCUAACCAAGCUGAGGAAUCUCUGUACAUGUGGCCUGAUUAAAAUAGAAAUGAUAUUAUUGUAUUUAAAUAAAGAAUAAAUAGAUAAAUCACAGAAGAGAAUCAUGAGGUUUAAAGACGAGGAGAUUUUUUUUAAAGCAUCUCUGAUUCAGAGUCUGCAGUGCCAAGUUUGUUUAUAUGAAGAUAUUUGUAUGUUUAUGUAUUUAUGUACGUAUGAAGUCAAUAUUUGAUAUAUGUUUAAAUAUAUACUGUCUACUAAUUAAAAAAACAUUAUUCCUCCAACACGCUUUGUCUCUGUUCAUCAGAGGUUUUUAUUUAUUAUUCUGCUGCAUGUUUCUGUCACAAGAAAUGAUAUUUAACACCUGGAUUCAA